AUGGGGAAGAAGGAAAAGACCAUCCGUGAAAAGGCAGACCAAAUGAGUGACAGCAAAAAUGAUGAAGAGGUGCCAAAUGACCCCUCCGCACGGAGUGGGGUGAUGAGGGAAAAGGGCCCACACAGCACAAACCCCGUGCGGAACACCUGCAAAGGCGAAGAUGCAGCGCGCAUCAAUAUGGAAGACACGCACAUUAGUAACGCCAACGCCAGUAGAAACGAUGCCACCCCAAAGUACAACAUUUUUAUAGAUAAGAAAAGCGCCAUAAACAGCAUUUUGAGCUCCACGUUCGCUGGAAUUAUGUCCAGGACAGUGACAGCCCCGCUGGAUAGGGUAAAAUACAUAAUGCAGGUAACGAACAAUUUACCAAUUUCUGAAAUUUUUAAAAUAAUAAAAAAGGAUGGAAUGGUGUGUGGGUUCUUCAGGGGGAACUGCGUGAAUAUCGUGAAGAUCAUUCCGGAGCUGUCCAUAAAAAUGUACUCCUAUGAGUUUUUAAAAGUUAACGUGUAUAACUACUACAGAGGUGAUCAUAGUAGCAGUGGUGGGGAGAGUCCAGUCAACCUUGCGAAGGAUCAGGAGAAUCUCGACAUCCCCUUCUUCAUUCGGUUCAUCAUAGGAAGCUCCAGCGGGGUCAUAGCGGCGUUGUUCAUUUACCCCCUCGAAAUAGUAAAAACGAGAUUAAUCGUAUCGAACAAAAAUGACCACAAUGGAAUUAUCAAAUGUUUUUACAACAUUUAUAAGAACGAACAGUGGAGGAAUUUCUACAACGGACUCUCCAUGCACAUCUACGGAGUCAUUCUAUUUUCGGGAUGCAACAUGAGCAUAUACGAUUAUUUGAAGUACCUUUUUUUUACACUCUACAAGGAUUAUAUUCACUCCACACACUGCAUCCCAAGUGGGCAUCACUCUGGUGAACACAACGCACCGGAGGGGCGAGACGCGAAAAAGAAUGCGUCUCAAACGGUAGACAUCAGCAGCAGUAAUAGUAGUAACAGUAGUAAUAGCAGCAGUAGUAACAUCGCAGGGGGAGAAACUUUCCUCAAAUACAACCUACUAAACGGGUUGUCCUAUUUGAGGAAAAAAUCCACCCACUGGAAUAAUCCAAUUUAUACGCACCAAAAGGAAAGUCCCCUGAACAAGUCAGAAUGCGCCUACUGUAACUAUAGGGUAAAAAACGUCAAUUGUCUGUCCUUCCUUUUUUUUGGUAUCACAAGCUCCUUCAUCGCGCAAAUUGUUAGCUACCCCUUUCUCGUUUUGCGAACCCGCAUGCAAACGCUCAACAAUGAGAUAACUACAAAUUAUUUGAAUAACGAGAGGAAGCACAUAAAGUCGUGCAGCUUUAUUCUGUACAACGUCAGGGUCUAUGGGUUCAAGUCCCUCUAUCGAGGCAUCUACGUGAACCUCCUCAGGACCAUACCUGCCACGUCGAUCACGUGGUUCGCAUACGAGUACGCCAUGAGGAAGUUGCAGGCGGGAGUUAAGCUGUAA